AGCCGCGUCCGCAGGGCUCUCCCGUGCUCCGGGAGCUCCGUGCCCGGCUAUGGAGCUGUGGCAGGUGCCGCUGAGCUUCUCCCGCCUCCGCAUGUUCCCUUUCUUCGACCUGGCGCAUUAUGUCGCCUCCGUGCUGGCGCUGAAGGAGCAGCGGGGAGUUGCGGAAGUGUCGGUCCGAAGUCCCUUGGCCUGCUGGUUUAGUGCAAUGCUUUAUUGCUUUGGGGGCUCAGUUUUGUCCUCCUUGAUGCUUGGAGAACCUCCAGUAGCAUUUCUGGCAAAGACCAUAAAUAUUCUACUGGCAUCCUCAGUCUGGUAUCUAGUGUUUUACUGCCCAGAAGACAUAUUCUGCCGCUGCUUUUCCUUUCUGCCUCUUCGUCUUCUGGUGGCAGGGAUGAAAGAAGUGACAAGGACCUGGAAGAUCACAGAUGGCAUUGCACAUGCAGACACUGUCUACAAAGAUGCCUGUCUUAUCAUGGUGGCUGUGGGCUGGGCCAGAGGUGCUGGUGGUGGCUUAAUUUCCAACUUUGAGCAGCUGGUGAGAGGAGUGUGGAAACCUGAAACCAAUGAGCUCCUGCACAUGUCCUACCCUGUGAAGGUAACUUUGAUAGGAGCAGUUCUUUUCACCCUGCAACGCAGACAGUAUUUGCCAAUAGCAAAACACAACCUUGUGUUUUUAUACACCAUCUUUCUUGUUGUCUUCAAGGUAAAAAUGAUGUUGACAAGAUGUGCAACUUCUCCAUUUGCUCCCAUUGAGGCUGCAGUGUGCCAAAUGUUUUUUGGCUCACAAAAGACACCUUCCAAAGUGAAGGGUGAAAGUGCCACAUCUUCCAACGGCUCUUCAGUCUGUGACCAGCCUUCUGAGCAGCAUGAGGGUGCUAAGAAAAAAACAGCAAAGAAAACAGAAUAAGAGACUUGAAAUCCUUGUGAUGGUCUUGAAGAUGUGUGUCUUCCAGAUUAGGCUGGCUGAGAAGUUUCUCUAAGGAAAGGAGAACAGGGCUGUUAUGUGGUUUGCCUUUUUGGGAUGUUUUGUGUAAGCUAUGUGUAAAUGCACAUGUUGGAUUUGUGAGUUAAAACUAUGAAUUUUUAUAGUGGUUAAAAGUUUACUAAUUUUUGUACUUACAACAACUUCAAAUGCUUAUAGGUUAAAAAGAUAGUUUCAAAAAUGUGACAAUCUUUUUUUUCCCUACUAUAUCACUUGUUUCACGUCUUCCUAUCCCCCAGUUCUUAUGUAUAAUUUUGAUAACACUGAUUUGUACUGUCAGGUGUUCACUGUAGCACGUCCCAAAUAAGAAAGUCAUUAAGUAAGGCUUAAUCAUAUUGCACUUUGUAAAAUUAUAAAAAUGUACCGAUUUAAUGCCUUUAACUAGAAAAGUAACUGAACUAUUGUUCUAAUUCACA